CCGGGGAGAGAGGGGAAGAAAACGCAGGGGCACAACGAUGGAGCAUUUUUAAGAGAUAACGGCGAAGUCCGCUCAGGAAGAUAAUUAAACAGUCACCUACAUGACCAAAGAAACAAGACCGACCACGAGAAACGCAGACGUAAUCAUCAUGCAAUUUAAAUAUAGACGAAUUUGAGCAAUCGCUUCUUCUUCAAGGUUACACCGCUUGAAGACGCCCCAACAUCUUCUCGUCGCAGAUCAACUAGCGCACGUUGGUUGAUCUUCAUCGAUACCGAUCAUGUCCGUGGACGAGCAAGGCUAUCUUGAUGCUAUGCUGUUGCUGGAGGCCGGACCGGAGUGGUUGCGGGCAGAGAUCGAGCGUCUCUCCCGGGAGCUGAGUGAGACGACCAACGAGAAGAUCCAGGCAGCGGAGUAUGGGCUGGCGGUGUUGGAGGAGAAGCAGCAGCUCAAACAGCAGUAUGAUGACCUGGAGGUCGAGUACGAGGCCAUCAGACAGGAACUUGAUCAACUGAAAGAGGCCUUUGGACAAGCUUAUUCCAACCACAGGAAGGUUGCAGCAGACGGGGAGAGUCGUGAAGAGUCUCUAAUCCAGGAGUCAGCCUGUAAAGAAGCGUACUAUGAGCAGAGAGUCCUGGAGCUGCAGACCGAGCUCCGGCAGACGCGAAACAUCCUCACCAACACCCAGUCUGAGAAUGAACGCCUUAAUGCCAUCUCCCAAGAGAUGAAAGAGAACAGCCAGGUGGUGGAGCUCCAGAGAAAUCAGCUGCGUAAUGACAUCAAGGAGUACAAGUUCCGGGAGACUCGCCUGCUGCAGGACUACACCGAGCUGGAAGAGGAGAACAUCUCGCUACAGAAACAAGUCUCCGUGCUCAAACAGAGUCAGGUGGAGUUUGAGGGUUUGAAGCAUGAAAUCCGUCGUCUGGAGGAAGACACUCAGUUCCUUAACAGCCAGUUGGACGAUGCCAUCCGCCUGAAAGAGAUCGCCGAACGUCAGCUGAGUGAAGCCCUGGAAACUAUCAAAACUGAGCGUGAGCUGAAAGCCUCCUUGAGGAAAGAACUGUCCCACUACAUGAACAUUGGAGACACUCUGUACCACAGCAUUUCUCUGGAUGGCCUCAAGUUCAGCGACGAUGCUGCCACUGAGCCUAACAACGACGAGGCUCUCCUUGGAUACGAGAAUGGUUUCAUAAAACUGGCCAACGCCAUCGCAGAUGACAACCGCAUUUCCACACCUAAGAAAGAUGAGCUCUUCUGUCCUGCACCGAGCCUUGUUGACGACUUGCUCAGUGAACUUAACAUCUCAGAGAUCCAGAAGCUCAAACAGCAGCUGAUGCAGAUGGAACGUGAGAAGGUCAACCUGCUGUCCAAUCUGCAGGACUCUCAGAAAGAGCUGGAGCAGGCUAACGGGGCUCUGUCAGAGCAUCAGGAGAAGGUCAGUCGCCUCACAGAAAACCUCAAUGCUAUACGCAAACUUCAAGCCAGCAAGGAGCGCCAAUCUGCCUUGGAUAAUGAGAAGGAACGUGACAGCCAUGAAGAUGGAGACUACUACGAGGUGGACAUCAACGGACCUGAAAUCCUGGAGUGCAAGUACAAGGUGGCCAUGUCUGAGGCAGGAGAGCUGAAGGAGGAACUGAAGACUCUGAAAGCAGAAUACCAAGCCUGUCAGUCACGUUAUGAAGAGGAGCGUACCCGUCUGGAAAACGAUGUCACAACUCUGGGAGAAAAACUUGCGUCUCUGGAGAAGAGCAGCAAUGCAGAGAAAGAAGAGAAGGCUAAGCUGGAGAAGGAGCUGCGAAAGUUGAGCGACGUGGCAGGCGAAUCCCAAGGCAGUCUGAGUGUGGCACAGGACGAGCUGGUGACAUUCAGUGAAGAACUAGCCACCCUUUACAACCAUGUCUGCAUGUGCAACAACGAGACACCCAAUCGUGUCAUGCUCGACUUCUACAAAGAGGGCAAAGGUGGUCGGAGCAGCCCAGAGGGCCGUGGCCGCCGCUCUCCCAUCUUGCUCACCAAGGGUCUCUUCCCAGAGCCUGGUAAGACCGACCUCAGCGAAGGAGCCCCUUCACCAGUUUCCUCCAUGCCUUCUCCCGUGUCUGGACGCGAGCCCAUGAACAUCUAUAAUCUGGUGGCUAUCAUCAGAGACCAGAUUAAACACCUGCAGCUGGCUGUAGAUCGCACCACCGAGCUGUCACGCCAGAGAGUGGCCUCUCUAGAGCUCGGCACCGUGGCUGACAAGGACAAGGAAGCCUGCAUGGAGGAGAUCCUCAAACUGAAAUCCCUGCUCAGCACCAAGAGGGAGCAGAUUGCCACUCUGCGCACUGUCCUCAAGGCCAACAAGCAGACAGCUGAAGUUGCUCUGGCCAAUCUGAAGAGCAAGUAUGAAAAUGAGAAGGCCAUGGUGACAGAGACCAUGAUGAAACUGAGGAAUGAGCUCAAAGCUCUGAAGGAAGAUGCUGCCACCUUUUCCUCUCUCCGAGCUAUGUUUGCCACACGUUGUGAUGAAUAUGUUACCCAGCUGGAGGAGAUGCAGAGGCAGCUGGCUGCAGCAGAGGAUGAAAAGAAGACCCUUAACUCUCUGCUGCGAAUGGCUAUCCAGCAGAAGCUAGCCCUGACACAGCGUCUGGAAGACCUAGAGUUCGAUCACGAGCAGACCCGCCGGGGAGGCAACGCAGGCCGGGCUAAGGCCCGCAGCAAAGCCGCCAGCAGCUCCACCAUCAACCCCCACGUAAGUCAGAGUCUCACCUGCUCUGGCUCCGGCAGACCAGAGCUCAACAAUGCCAUGCCCAAUGGCAUUCUGGGAGGCCCUGUCGUCUUCUGCAGUGAGAAGUACAAGAUCUACUGUGACUGAGAGCAACUUAAACGUCGGCAUGGACUGCUGUGUACAGAGGGGAGGGGGGCUGAACCCUCCCUGCCUUAGUAUUAAAGAGCCCCACUCGCUCGCUUAGCUCCCUGGCCAGCCUGCACUCCUCUAGGGACUGCUGUGUUACUAACCGGCUGCUCGUGUGUGCUAGUGUAAACGCUUAGGGGAAUGCAGAUCAAUGUACAGUGUGCACUAGGCGUUUGGACUGCAGUAGACAUAUUUGGCAUGUGAGUUUAAAGGGCCCUUCUUUUAAUGGGGGGGUUUUGUGGAUAUUAUGGAGUGUCUAUUCUUUCCGCUGUCACGGCGCUGUACGUAUGAUGUAAAAGGUGGCAGCUUCUGUGCUUGUUUGUUCUGGCCCCCUGGGUAGCUUGCCUGGUAACAGAAAUACGUUGCUGGGGGUGCAGGCUUAUAAAGAUGAUGUCACUCAGAUAGUCUUACGACUAAAUAUGACAUCAUCUGUUCUUUGGCUUGUCUGUCGGCAUUGGUGCUCCUUUACAAAAAAAAAGGCCCCCCAUCUCUCCCCUUCCUUUCCGCCCUGAUCCAGGACUGACCUGUGUAUAGCAGGCCACUUUUUAAUCAAGUGACUCUUUAAUGUUUACAGCAAGAAAAAUGAACUAAAAUAUGCAAGCUCCCCCUGCUUUGUGGCAAGGGGAGCAUAACCUAAUUCAACAUGAAAAAUUCAAAACUCAGAAAUGGGGUUUAUGGUUUUAUAAUGGAAUGGUUAGGGCAGAAAAGGAGCACCUGUGACCACAGGUGUUUAUUUCAGGAUCAUUUUAAAGCUGUGAUGCUAGCACGCCAAUACAGUAGGGUCAAUAGAAUCGCAUGGCUUUGCAGCUGAAAACGUUUAAGAGCUUUUUAACCUUUUUUCUGUUGUCAGGUGUGUGGUAUGAGAUAAACCCGUGUGCUGCAGGGCUCUACAUUGUAAAAAAACAAGAGUUAAUUGGUGUGUAGUGAAAUACAGGAGGGCUACAAAAUGUGUUUCAUGUGACCCGUUAUGUUACGAUGGAUUCGUUCAGAGCCAUACUACAAGAGAAAGUUUGACAAAUCUAUCUCCACAUCUAAAUUAAGUGCACUUCAGCAUAGGUGCCUCAGGUUCCUGCUUCAGUUUAAAUGGAUGAAAUUAUUACUGUGAACAGAGAUACAAUAUAGUUUUAUUCAGCAGAUAUUUUUAUCUAAAUAUUGAACAAAUUUUAGAAGAGCACAAAUCAAAAAUAAAAAGUAACAUCCUCACAUCUGAAUGAAGAAUGAAUUUGCAAACAAAACAAAUCAUCUGCUCGGCAAAAGUGCCUGUCGACCCAAACAGUUGCUAUAUUUCUCUAUCUGUUGAUGUAAAGCCCUGUCCUUGUAUCUCAGCUUGAUCUGACAUGUUGUUUUCCUUCUCUCCUCCCCACCACCUACCAUUUCUCCUGCUCUACUUUUGGAGAGAUUGCUCAGAGCUGACAAAUAAUUUCAGGAGGUUAUGUGGCCGAAAGAAACUUUCCUAGUGUCUCUAAUCUGUGUCUUGUUGCUUGGGUCGCUGUAACGACCUUCUCUCUUGUAGAUUGUCAGCAGCUUGCUCCCCCAGCAUCACCACUCACCCUUUAACUAGAAUGAGGAAAUGUGGGGAGAAUUGCCCUCUAAAUAUUUUUGUCAGGUAAUGUUCUCGCAUACGCUGUGUUUGCCGGUUUUUGCCUGUGUGUAUAUCUCAGUGUUGAAGUGAAGGGCCCUUGCGUGCAUAUUAUGUUUUUUAACCACUUCAGCAAAUGGAGGGCCUUUCAUUUCCCUUUCUUUGUUGUUUGGUGUGUGAGGACAAAACAACGUACAGCUUUAAACUCUUGCAAGCUAGUAUUAAGCAAAUAGUAAAAAUAUAAGUGGGGCUUGUGUUUAAUAAAUCCAUGUACUGCUUGUGGAUCAUAGAUACAUGAGCUUUAUGAUGCUAAAAGCAGGGUUGAUGUGAGGAAGUCCUGCAAGAUUUCUUAAAUUCAGCAUUUUCUACCACAACAAAGCUAUAUAUUCAACUCUAUAUUCUUAAUAUGAUGAUCUUCAGGUUAUAAUCUUGCAGGAUCUUACUACAGUAUUCCAUAAAUGAGCAUUUAUUCCUUUUGAAAUGGAACAAUGCCAGCAGUCAACCCUGCUUGCGUGUGCAUCCAUAAGCCACAGCACGCAAAAUGGAGACAAGUCUAUUGUCCACAAAAUAGCCUUCUUAGUGGUCAGUCACUCUUAUGUUUGAGAUUCACUUAACAUACAAAAGUGAUGCAUUCAGCUUCUAUCAGUUUGCGCUGACUGAGAAAAGGUUUGAGGGAGUAGAGGAGGGUGAUCUACUCCUGUUGUAAGAGAGAGGAGAUAAGAAGGCCAGACAUGCUGGUGAAGAAAGCCAGAUGUCUGCUACUGGGAUGAGAAAUGUGUCCAGGAUUUUUUCAAGGGAGAAACUCUGGGUGAUAUAUUUCGAGGGGGAAAAAUAAAAAACUGACAAAUGGUUGUUCAAUCAACCAGAGGACUUUGAAUCAACUUAUUUGAGCCCCUUAUCCUUUGUUUCCUUGUAUAUGCUUUGUGGAUUCACAGCAGAGUAGAUAGAUCUCAGGAUGUGGUAGUGUCUAGAAUCCCCACAUUGCCUAGAUAGAUCAAUUCCCCCAAAUAGUUUGAAAUCAAUGUCUGGCUUUUCUGGUGUCAUUACGAUAUGUCACCUACAAAGCUCCUCCUACCUCUUCCUGCAGGCUCCUCCCUCGUCACCUCUAAGUUUAACUUCACACGACACAUCAUGUUUCUGAUUUAUUGAAAGCCUGCAUGUCAAAACAUAACUCAUUUUCCUUUAACUUGCAUGUCACAUGAGAAAGACUCAUCUCCUUUGGCCUGGGUGGUGGGACGUAGCUUGAAUGAAUUAAAGGUUGUGACACUUGUGAGUCUUUGGCUUCCUAACUGCACCCGCAGGAUGAUUCUUUUGCUUUCACAUCAGCCACUUGGAAGCAUUUUGGCAAUGUUGAUGUGACAUAAAAGCUCAUGACACAACACAACUGUGUGCUUAGAGCUUCUAACACCGCCCUCUGCUGCUUUGACUAACCACAGCCGCCAUCUCCUCUGUCUGUGUGGACAGUCGCUUUCAAUUGACAAAAAUGCUAAUGAUGCUCAUCAUUUGUUUGUUUCUCCAUUUUGCAGUAAUUUACAGUAAUUCUGCGCAGACGACGAAGUACCAACACACCGUCCUCUCUCCCAGCUGAUUGAGUUCGGCGAAAAAAGUUAAAGCACUAUAAGCUAUUUGGAUGUGAAGACAAAAAAAAAGACAAAAAUACUAAAUGGCAACAGAUUAUUUAAUCAGAUCAGCUUUCGUUCUUUCUACAUUUGAACACUAAAAUGUGGCAGAUUUUGGAAUGACAUUUGGCAGCAUAAUUUCACAUCACUUUCGGAAGCAUAUUUCUCACAAGUUCAAUUAACUUCAAAUUCAGAAACUAAGAUUGCAUUUGGCUAAUCUAACUCUCCAAUCAGAAGCCAGGGGAUAUGUGGUCCUUUCUCUGUGUAAAUCAACAGUGUUUUGUUUGGUUUCAUCUUUUUUUUUUCUCUUUUUUCUAUUAAGUUUGUUCAAUUAAUCAGUGCACUUUCAUUAUAUAGUAUAACAUACUAUUAUUAACCUAAUAGGAAAGCAUGGUAGUACUAUGGUUUGUGAGUUAUCCAGUAUAUGACUCUUGGUUUGUCUGAACUGAAAUAAAAAAUACUAUUUUCUCCAGUAAAUGCUCCACAAACCACAAAUGUACUAUUAUGGCUCAGUCCACAAGAUUUUAUCCAUCUAAUAAUCAUGUUUAAAUUGUUUUGUUACAUGCUACAUGUUAUGCUGUUGGUUUUCUUUUAUGUUUGUUCUACUGACAUGUUCUACACAAAAAAUCCAGGGUGAUCAAAUUCUGGGGUUUUUUCAUGUAUUUAUUAUUCCUAGGAAUAGUUCAAAAUUACGCAAUGAAACUUGACAACGCUCUGACUCCAGUAGGUAAGUUGUGUUUUGGGAAAAAUUUGAGUGAUGCGACAUGCUUUUCCUAGCAUCUUACCGAGGGCGUUCCACUGAAACGCGAUCACUGGCCUUCAGAAUUCUCUGCAAGUGCGACAAUUAAAUUCCAAAUUGGAAUUGCUUCAUUCUCUCUUCGUUUAUCGUGCCAAAUCUUGGUACAGCGUUUAGGUCAAAAAGAAUCAAGAAUCUGAAAGAAGACAAGCCGUCAUUGAGAAAAAGGCGUAGCUGGGGCUAUACGGGCUCUUCCUCCAAGCGCCUGGGUUUUGUUUUUGGUUUGUUUAGUUCUUUGUUUCUGACCAGUAGUGCCUUUCAUUGUUUCAAGGGAGAAUCUUAGAUUAGUAUUUUAUGUUUCUUUUUUUAUAGGUGAGGACUUUGGGUUUGAACUGACUGUGAGCAGCAAUAAGCGCAAAGGGAAUUUUCCCCUUUCAGCAUGAGUGAGAUAAUAGUUUUGAAAUUAGCUCAGUAAUACUGAUAUUGUAUUGAAUUGUGCAGGUCAGUGAUCCAAUCAUGAAAUUCAGGGGUAUUAAGAAAUGGUUGUUUUUUUUUUUUUUUUUUUUUUUUUUUUUUUUUUACCAAACUUUGGGAACCAAAAGAAUUCCUUUGGCCUCCUGUUAUUAAACAAAAUGCUCCACACACCUGCAGUGUGUCGGGGUAGAUCAGUGUACUAUUGAAAACAUCUACGUAUCUCUAGCUUUGUUUGGUGAAGGUAAUGUGAUAUCAAUAGUGUUGUUGAAAAAUUAAAUGUGCAGAGAGCGCAUUUCAUCUUUCUUUUUGUCCAAUUUUAUUUUUUUUUUAUAUUAAUAUUAUUAUUGAAUCUUUUUUAUAUCAUCUUUGAACAUUUACGUUUUCAGGAAACAGAAAACAAAAUCUGCAUCAACAAACUUGAAUAUGUGCCAUUAUAGCCAAUGCUUGUUUGUUGAGGCGUUAAAGUUACCAAUAUGGAAAAAAAGAUGACAAAUGAAAGUGCAAUUCUGAUACAGUUUUACAUUUUUUUUAAAAAAGGAAGUUUUCUGUUUGCUGGAAGCUAUAGCAUUGUGAUAAUAAAAUUAGCUGUGCAAACUAUUGUCAUAUUGUGUUUCAGUAUUGAUCCAUUAUAAGUUUGAUAUCUUUAUAUAAAAUAACGACUUCACCUGUAUGUUGGUAUUUAUUUGACUUGUCAUGCAGUACUGUAUUCUUAUCAAUAAUGUGCAUUAUGAUUAGUGGCAUAUUGAUUACAGCUAAAUGUCAUAUGCAUGUUUCUCAGUCAUGGAACCUUUACACAGAAAUGAAAACAAACAUGUAAACUUUUGUCAGGGUGUUUAAAAUAUGAGGAAAAAAAAUGAAAAGACAUGAAUUAAGUCUGAUGUAUUACUGCUGAACUAAUCCUAUGAAAGUGUUUGUUUGUUUUCUAGCUGAGCGGUGGUAUGGCUGUGUAAGGGUAGUCAUACUGGCUAAAAUCAAUAAAUGUGACCUAAGUUCCA